UCCUCUCUUGUGCAGUUGUUUAGAGUGGCAAAAACUAAGUGUUUUCUUGGCUAGCUGGGAAUAUAAUGAGUUCUUCAUUAUCCCAGAACAAAAUGGAAGGAGAAGAAGGGAAAAAGGGGAAGAGUUCGAUAAUUGUUAUCUUUAGAUAUGCAGAUUGGAUCGACAUUUUUCUAAUGUGUUUAGGCACUUUGGGGGCCAUUGGAGAUGGAAUGUCUACAAACUGUUUGCUGCUCUAUGUUAGCCAUCUUUUUAACACCUUGGGUUAUGGCAGUAAUAACUCUCAGUCUCAGAUAAGCAAUGGCAAUUUGAUGAGGGAAGUAGAGAAGUGUAGUCUAUACUUUGUGCUACUGGGAUUGGCAGUCAUGGUUAUGGGAUUCAUGGAAGGGUAUUGCUGGAGUAAAACCAGUGAAAGACAAGUGUUGAAAAUUAGAUACAAAUAUUUGGAGGCAAUAUUGAGGCAAGAAGUUGGCUUCUUUGAUUCUCAAGAAGCAACUACUUCUGAAAUCACCAACAGCAUUUCCAAAGACACUUCUCUCAUCCAAGAAGUCCUUAGUGAAAAGGUACCCAUAUUUUUGAUGCACACAUCAGUGUUCCUCUCAGGGCUUGGAUUUUCAACAUAUUUCUCAUGGAGGCUAUCUCUAGUAGCAUAUCCCACAAUAGUUAUCUUGAUAAUCCCUGGCUUAAUCUAUGGAAAAUACCUUCUGUACCUAUCCAAGAAGUCAUUCAAGGAGUACAGCAAAGCAAAUGGCAUUGUAGGCCAGGCUCUCAGCUCCAUCAAGACCAUAUACUCAUUCACUGCUGAAAGGAGCAUUCUUGAGAGGUAUUCUUCCAUUCUUGACCGCACCAUUAAGCUCGGGAUGAAGAUCGGGAUCGCGAAAGGCCUCGCUGUUGGAAGCACCGGCCUUUCGUUCGCUAUUUGGGCUUUUCUUGCUUGGUAUGGCAGCCGUUUGAUCAUGCAUAAGGGAGAGAGUGGAGGAAGGAUUUAUGCAGCUGGAAUUUCCUAUGUCUUGGGUGGACUAUCAUUAGGAAUGGCACUGCCUGAGGUGAAAUACUUCACAGAAGCCUCAGUUGCAGCCUCGAGAAUAUUCUCGAGGAUAGACCGUGUUCCAAAGAUAGACGGUGAGGACAAAAGUGGGAUGGUACUGGACACGAUUCGCGGGGAGCUGGAGUUCAAGAAUGUGAAAUUUGCAUACCCUUCUCGCCCCGAGAGCCUAGUCCUUAAGGACUUGAAUCUAAAGGUUGAAGCUGGGAAGACGGUGGCGCUUGUUGGAGCCAGUGGGAGUGGGAAAUCCACCGCCAUUGCGUUGCUGCAGAGGUUCUAUGAUGCAAACAGCGGGAGCAUAUGCAUUGAUGGGGUGGAGAUAAACGCGUUGCAGGUGAAAUGGCUGAGAGGGCAGAUGGGAUUGGUGAGCCAAGAACACGCGCUUUUUGGGACAUCCAUAAGGGAGAAUAUCAUGUUGGGAAAGCUGGGAGGCUCCAUGGAGGAAGUGGUGGCUGCUGCCAUGACAGCAAAUGCUCAUGAUUUCAUUAGGCAACUCCCUCAAGGAUAUGAAACUAAGGUUGGGGAAAGAGGAGCACUGUUAUCUGGAGGGCAAAAGCAACGGAUCGCGAUUGCUAGAGCAAUAAUCAAGAACCCUGUCAUUCUUCUUCUUGAUGAAGCCACUAGUGCCCUUGAUUCUGAAUCAGAAAAGCUGGUCCAAGAUGCACUAGACCAAGCCUCAGCUGGAAGAACAACACUGGUGGUGGCACACAAGCUCUCAACGAUACGAAACGCGGAUUUGAUUGCUGUUGUGAGUGGUGGGUGCAUAAUUGAGCAAGGCUCCCACAGUGAGCUAAUGGAGAAGAAUGGGCAUUAUGCACAAAUGGCAAAGCUCCAGAGGCAAUUCAGCUGUGCUGAUCAAGAUCAGAGUUUCGCCCCGUCUUCGAAUGCAGGUAGACAAAGCACAGAAAAAUCAAGCCCUGCAGUUUUAGCAUCAUCCCCUUUGCUCAUCGAGACCGCCCAGAAAGUGCCAACUGAUCAUCAUCAUCAACCAUCCCCCUCCUUUUCGAGGCUCCUCGGGCUAAACCUAACCGAGUGGAAACAAGGCCUGAUAGGCAGCAUUUCAGCUAUUGCAUUCGGGGCAGUGCAGCCUACAUAUGCAUUAACCAUAGGAGGGAUGAUUUCGGCCUUUUUCUCCCCGAGCCACGAGGAAAUGCAAGCCAGGAUCCAGAAAUUCUGCCUCGUUUUCGCCCUUCUCUGCCUUCUCUCCAUCACUCUCAACCUCUGCCAGCACUACUGCUUUGCCUACAUGGGGGAGCACCUCACGAGACGGAUCCGUUUGAGAAUGCUGGAGAAAAUCUUGACAUUCGAAACAGCAUGGUUCGACGAGGAACACAACUCGAGUGGAGCCUUGUGUGCCCGGCUCAGCAACGAGGCAGCCAUGGUUAAAUCCCUGGUAGCGGACAGACUCUCCCUGCUAGUCCAGGCUGCAUCAUCGGUCACAAUCGCCAUGGUAAUGGGGCUAGUCGUAGCAUGGAAGCUAGCACUCGUCAUGAUAGCCGUGCAGCCCCUCACAAUCCUUUGCUUCUACACCCGAAAAGUCCUGCUCUCCACCAUCACAACCAAGUUUGUGAAGGCUCAAAACAGCAGCACACAGAUCGCAGUGGAGGCGGUGUAUAACCACAGGAUUGUGACGUCGUUCGGGAGCAUAAACAAGGUGCUUGACAUCUUCGAUAAUGCUCAGGAUGAGCCGAGGAAAGAGGCACAGAAGAAAUCUUGGUUGGCUGGAAUUGGGAUUGGAUCAGCUCAAGGUCUGACCUUUAUGUGUUGGGCAUUGGAUUUCUGGUAUGGUGGGAAGCUAGUGAGCAAUGGAGAGAUUUCAUCUGGAGAUGUUUUCAAGACCUUCUUUAUAUUGGUCAGCACAGGGAAAGUCAUAGCUGAUGCUGGAAGUAUGACUUCUGAUUUAGCUAAAGGAUCAGCCGCUGUGGCCUCCAUUUUCGCCAUUCUUGACAGACCAUCCAUAAUUACUAGCCCCUACAAUGGAAAGGUUGACAAUGGUGGAACAAACCUGGAAAAGCUAUCAGGGAAGAUAGAGAUCAAGAAAGUGAAUUUCGCAUAUCCAAGCCGGCCUGAGACGCCAAUACUGCGAGAGUUUUGUCUGGAAGUGAAAGCAGGUUCGAGCAUUGGCCUGGUGGGGAAAAGUGGGAGCGGAAAGUCCACCAUUGUUGCUUUGAUCGAGAGAUUUUACGACGUGGAUGGAGGGUCUAUCAGAGUAGAUGGGGUGGACGUCAGGUCCUUCGAUAUUGGGUGGUAUAGACGACAAAUGGCACUGGUCAGCCAGGAGCCGGUCAUAUAUUCCGGCACAAUCAGGGACAACAUAUUGUUCGGAAAGCUUGAUGCUUCAGAAAAUGAGAUUAUUGAAGCUGCCAAGGCUGCAAAUGCACACCAAUUCAUCUCAUCGUUGAAAAAGGGAUACGACACCGAAUGCGGUGAAAGAGGGGUUCAACUCUCGGGCGGGCAAAAGCAAAGAAUUGCCAUUGCUAGAGCAAUCAUCAGGAACCCAACCAUAUUGCUCUUGGACGAAGCCACAAGUGCACUAGACGUGGAAUCAGAGCAAGUAGUGCAAGAAGCUUUAGACGGGAUAAUGAUCGGGCGGACGACAAUGGUGGUGGCGCACAGGCUUAACACCAUCAAGAACCUGGACUCCAUCGCCCUGGUUUCAGAGGGAAAGGUUGUGGAACAUGGAACUUAUUCCCAGCUCAAGAACAAGCGUGGCCAGUUUUUCAACCUUGUCAACCUUCAAAAUAAUUAGGAUUUUUGCACCAAUUCAAGUUCCAUGCCUACCUCUACAAUAAUGUCGUCUUAUAAUGUAAAAUUUCUUAACCUUAUAUUAUUACUAUUAUAUAAUGUAGGAAAUCAAUCUUAUAAAUAUGAAAAAAUGUCAAAUGCCAGUGCAUGCU